CCCGCCCCGGCGCGCGUGGGCGGAGAGGCGGAAGCGGCGGCGCGGCCAUGGCGGCGGUGGCGGCGGGCGUGGGGCAGCAGUGGGUGCUGGUGGAGAUGGUCCAGGCCUUCUACGAGGCUCCAGCUUACCAUCUCAUUUUAGAAGGAAUUCUGAUACUAUGGAUAAUCAGACUUCUUUUCUCCAAGACAUAUAAGCUUCAAGAGAGAUCUGAUCUAACACUUAAGGAAAAAGAAGAGUUGAUUGAAGAAUGGCAGCCAGAGCCUCUUGUACCUCCUGUGCCAAAAGAUCACCCAGCUCUCAAUUACAACAUUGUUUCUGGUCCUCCCACCCAUAUAAUCACUGUUAAUGGCAAGGAAUGUAUAAACUUUGCAUCAUUUAACUUCCUUGGACUUUUGAAUAAUGAAAAAGUUAAGAGUGCAGCACAGGCUUCUCUGAAGAAAUAUGGUGUUGGCACUUGUGGACCCAGAGGAUUCUAUGGUACUUUUGAUGUGCACUUAGAAUUAGAAGAACGGCUAGCAAAAUUCAUGAGGACAGAGGAAGCCAUUAUAUACUCAUAUGGAUUUGCAACAAUUGCCAGUGCUAUCCCUGCAUAUUCAAAGAGAGGAGACAUCGUGUUUGUAGAUGAAGCUGCCUGCUUUGCUAUUCAGAAGGGAUUACAAGCAUCUCGUAGUAACAUCAAGUUAUUUAAGCAUAAUGAUAUGGCUGACCUUGAACGACUGUUGAAAGAACAAGAGAGUGAAGAUCAAAAGAAUCCUCGCAAAGCCCGUGUAACUCGAAGGUUUAUUGUAGUGGAAGGAUUGUAUAUGAACACAGGAGACAUUUGCCCUCUUCCAGAGUUGAUAAAAUUGAAGUACAAAUACAAAGUUAGAAUAUUGGAGGAAAGCCUUUCCUUUGGAGUCCUUGGAGCACAUGGAAGAGGAAUUACUGAGCACUUUGGAAUAAAUAUUGAUGAUAUAGAUCUUAUUAGUGCAAACAUGGAAAAUUCACUGGCUUCUAUUGGUGGAUUUUGCUGUGGAAGAUCCUUUAUUAUUGACCAUCAGCGAUUGUCUGGUCAAGGCUAUUGCUUUUCUGCCUCCCUACCUCCUUUGUUAGCUGCUGCUGCUAUUGAGGCUCUGAAUAUUAUGGAGGAUAAUCCAGACAUUUUUCAGACUCUCCGGGCUAAAUGUGAACGGAUUCACAAAGCUUUACAGGGGAUUUCUGGUUUAAAAGUAGUGGGAGAAUCUUUUUCUCCAGCGUUGCACUUACAGUUGGAAGAGAGCUGGGGAUCCCGAGAAAAUGAUGUGAAGUUACUCAAAAGAGUUGUGGAUUAUUGCAUGAAUAGUGGUAUCGCAUUAACACAGGCUCGCUAUUUGGAGAAAGAAGAAAAAUGUCUUCCUCCACCCAGUAUUCGAGUAGUGAUAACAGUGGAACAAACAGAACAAGAACUGGACAGAGCUGCAUCACUUCUUAAGGAAGCUGCACAGUCCGUGUUGAAUUAGACUGCUGUUUUUGGAUUUCUCUUUUCCCACAUUAUCAGGAUAAGUGUAUUACACUGUACAGUGACUUCCAGAUUCUUCCACUGAUGGCAUUUAAAGCUGACUAACAAAAUUGUUCUAGAGUGGUUCUAAUGCAGUCAGGGAAAGAAUGCUGAAUUUUGGAGUUAGUGAAUGAUACAGUGUUGUUCCAGUUCAAACUCUACCAUUUACUCGCAUUACUUAAAAUGGGAUUUCACUAUUGAAUUCAUGACUCGUUCAUAAGUUAGUAUAAAAAGUUUUAAAUGUAUUUCUUCAAAACCUUAAACAUUCUCAAAAAUGAGUGUAAACAUUCAGUUUCACCCCAAACCAUGUAAAAUGUGUUGUUUUCUCUCCAUUUACUCAGAAUGUGGGAACUUAAUUUCCAUUAUCCCUCUCACCUUCCGAAUGAAAGUACACUGUUCCUAAUAUUACCAAAAGGAUAACACAUUAAGAGAUAAUUUUGUGCUGUAUUAUGUCAUUUAUUAUUGAGUUACAGGAGGGAUGACCUUCAAUUCUUUUUGUUUAUAUAUCUUUCUCUUAACCAUUUUGGCAGCCUGGUUUUAAGAAAGCCUGGCCAGAGAGUAAAUUCAUAUCAAAUACUAUUUAAUUUUUGCAUUCCGUAUGUAAUUAUAUGCAUGUUUGAUAUUAUGGGUGAGGUUUUUCAUACUAUUAUCUUUAAAAUAUCUGAACUCAAACCUCUGAAUUGUGAAACUGGUGUAAUUCCAGUAUAGUAUGUUCAGAUAAGCUUUGUACCAAUCUUAAAGAGGAGUAAUAGGCAACAUGGAAAAGGAACCAUGGCUUUGAAACUGCAACUAAAUACUGGCUUAGUCAAACUACUUUUAAGCACAAAAAUGAUGUGUCCUUAGUUUUCUGCAAACAUCUAUAGAAGGGAAGACUCACAGAUAGCUACUAAGAGUUUAGAUGGUACAAAUACUACUGAAACAUAAGUCAAUCUGUGCUCAUAAAAUUCCCAAGUAACUUGAAAGUAAUGUUUCAAGAUUGUGCUGUCAGGAUUUUAAGUAAGCACAGAUGGACAUUACAUAUAUGGACACUUUACUUCAAUCAGGAAACUGGUAAGGAAUUACGCAUCUUUUUAUAAAACAGAAAAUACAGCUUUUUAUUUCACAAUUUUGCUUUAAGAAUGCCUGUCUGAAAUUUUUGUAUUCUGCCUAAUAUGUGUUGAGUUGUUUUGUACUUAUGUGCCUUUUUGGUUGCUACUACAAGGAUUACAGGAUGAUUUUUGAGAAACAUCAUUGUAAAAUAUAAAGUUAAUCAUGUUUGAUUCAGAUUUUUACUUACACAAUUGGAUUUUUUAGAAUGGUCGACCAUAUAUUGUUAAAUAUUCUGCUUUAGGUAAGCAGUAGUCUAUGCUUCCUCCAGGUCACAGGGACUGUUUCUGUGCUGGCUUUCAAAAGUUUCAUCUGUGUACGUUCAGAUAGAGCACCUAAAGUUGUGUAGGAGCACUUCUGUGAUUGCUGUUUGACAUUUGAAAUAGUCAAAUCAUUAUCUGUGCAAUGUAGUAAAAGAAAUCCCAGUGUGAAAGAGAAUCCCUAUUUCAAUGGCAUUUAUGUUUUCUCUGUUAACUGUGAGUAAAAGCCAGUGAGAAGCAAACAGUUUAGAAGAGAAAAAAGUGCAGAAUGAGACUGACUCCCAUUUUACAGACUGGAACUGAAGUGCAGAGUAGUCAUCUUGAAGACCCUCAGAGACUGCGAGAAAUGGAAAUUUAAUUUUAUGGCUCUGCUUUGAGCUUUUGAGCCAUUUUAGGCUGGAUAAUUGAAAACUGCAAAUUCGAGUGAAGUCAAGCCUUUGAUGCAUAAAUUUUGAACAAAUGAGGUACUUUGAUUCCAGUGCAGCAUAUUAAAUGGUUUUGGAGUUAAGAUAAGCCUGGGAAGGUAAGCAAAUAACCUUUGGCAUUGAAAUCCUAUGUUGCAGAAUCUGUAUUCAAUUCUCUCAUUUUAUUUUAGGUUGUCUGCAAAUGGGGUGGAAUUUUUGUUGUGCUUAGAGAACUAGCAAUAAUUUUUAGAUACAUGGAUUUGUAUUGCUACUUUUGUUCUUGGUUUUUUGGGUAUUUUUGCUUUUAAAUGAAGUGAUGGUAGAAGCAGAGUGAAAUGUCUAGCAAUUUCAAAUCUGUGACUAAGUAGUUCUGAUGAAAUAAAAGUUAAAAAAUGUUGCUAAGAGAUGCCAUAAUCUGAGUCAUUUGACAAACACAUACCCACCAUUAAAACAUUGGUAAAACUGC